GGAGUCUGAGCUCCUGUUCACACUCAGUGACGUUAAAGUGUAAUCUCCUCUACAUGUUAUUUCCCUUCAUGUAUAUAAACUAGAGACUGUAUAUAAACAUGUCUGCAUGUUGAAUCGUUACCUCUCGCGUCACUGCCAGGUGAGACAGACUCCUCCCACAGUCCGCCUCCAGGCUCUUCAUGUGAAUCGAAACUUACAGUAAGUUUAAUGAGAGGUGGAGGAAGAGUCAUUUCUCAUGUUUGUUCCUGGACCUUCUUCCUUGAAGAUGUUGGUGCUGUUUUUGAUCCUCGUGCAGGUUUCCCAGCAUGCCUUGGGUGAUGAGGUCUCUAAGGGGCUGUGGGUGAAUGAGGGUCAAAAGUCUGUCGUGCUGCCCUGCUUCAUUCCUGGAGGACUUGGAGACAUCACCUCAGUGGUGUGGACCCGCUUUGACCUCGAUCCUCCAGUCCUCCAGCAGCAGCGUGAUCCGGAUAUAGUUUUGAACCCGCAGUACAGCAGCCGUACAUCUAUAUCAACUGACUUUUUAGGGAUCUUCUACAGAGACUUAAGCCUCACCCUGGACAAGCCUCGCCUCUCUGACAGCGGCACAUACACCUGCACUGUCCACAGCAGAGUUCAUGGAGUUAUGCAGAGAAUCGUAAAGCUACAGGUUACAGAACCGUUCACCUUACUAAUCAGCAUCUGGGUUGUCCACUGUGUGCUGUGUAUUGUGGCUCUGGUUGUUGUUGUUGCUCUGGGAGUUGCAGCUUACCUUUGGAUAAACACCAUCACAGUGUCCCAGGUGGAGGUGAGUGAGGGGGAGAGCUUUGUGAAACUUCCUUACAUAACAAUGGUCAGGUUGCCCGAGGACCACACCGUGGAGUGGAGUCGCUGCACCCACGAGACGAUGAAGGUCCACGUGUAUCACAAUGCCAGCAGCCAUAUCAUUGAUCAGGACCAGAUUUACCGGGGACGUACAAGCAUGAAGCAGGGAUCACGAACCAAUGGAGAACUCAUUCUGAGGGACUUUAGUCUGACCCUGAAGGACCCCUGCUACAGGGACAGUGGCACCUACAUCUGCACCGUGCAUAGGGGGCGAGAGAUCCUGAUGCAGAAAGUAAUACGGCUGCAUGUCAAAGUGGCUCAGGAGAAGGUGGAGACAGGGGAUUGGUCCAAAACCUUCACGCUGCCCUUCGUAACAACAGCUCAGCUGCCUGAAGAUUCCACGGUGGAGUGGACGCGCUCUGAGCCCAAAAACAUGACGGUCCAUGUGUUCGAGAACGGCAAAGAUCAGCCCUGCAAACAGGAUGAGUGUUACCUCGGUAAGACCAGGAUGAACAGUGACCCUCUGCGAUCCAGAGACCUCAGUCUGACCGUCUCUAACUCAGGCUGCAGUGACACAGGGACCUACAUCUGCACGGUCCGCAGGGAGGGAUUCAUCCUGGCCCAGAAGAAGGUUCUUCAUCGGGUCAGAGGCGGGACUUAUGAGACCGUGGAGGUGGAUUGGACGGCCCAAACCGUCAAGCUGCCGUGGUUGAUCAAAGCUGACCUGCCUGAGCAUGCGUCAGUGGAGUGGAAACGUUCAAUGGAAGGAAACAAUAUUUACACCAGGAAGGUGCAUGUGUUUAAAGAUGGUCAGGACCAACCCGACCAACAGGACCAGUCAUACCAAGGCCGCACCACCAUGAGGAGAAACCCACUGCAGAGCGGAGAUCUGAGUCUGACUUUAAACGACCCCAACUUUCAAGAUCACGGGACUUACAAGUGUGUUGUCCAAGUGAACGGAGAAACUGUGUGGGAGAAGACAGUGCAGCUCCAAGGUCAGUACUGGAGAUAGAGGUCAGAGGUCGAACCACUUCAGCUGCCUCAUCCAUCAGGUGGAGACUCCUGUGUGUGUUUACUGGGACUUGAGGGUGUGGUUGUUUGUUGUGUGUGUAUGAGCUGGUGGUGGGAUCCACGUGGUCUUGGUUUUAUAAGCUGGUGGUGGGAUCCACGUGGUCUUGGUUUUGUAAUGGUGGCGGGAUCCACCUGGUCUUGGUCUUGCAAUGGUGGUGGUGUAUGAAUGUGUCUUCAUGGUGAAUCACAGUGUAGCAGAGCCGACAGAGACCUUCCUGUCUGUGGGGAUGGUUUAAAGUUACCCUGACGCUGAGCUGACCUCCAACCAGCUCCUCUGUAGACCUGAAAGAGUCCCUGAAACCAGGAGAGGUAGAGACCACAGCAACAAGGUUCACAGCUGAGACAUUACCUCAUUUAGUUUUAAAGACCAGUCCAGGUCCCAUUCACCUGGUCUAACGUUACCUUCAAUGUCCACUUUAAUGUGGAUCACAACAAAGAAGAGGAUCAGGUUUGAACUGGACCCUGAGUGUAAAUGUUCAGUACAAUAUUAGUCUGUAUUUUAUUUAGUCUUAUUUAUGACAUAUUAUGAAAUAUUGUCAAUGUGAAGGAUGUGUUAUCAAUAAAGUUGAUUUGAAUAAGGA